GGUGCCUGCCGGGAGAUGGAGUCUCACCGCCUCACGCCGGCGCGCGCAGUGACACCUGUUCCGGCGCGGCCCUGGGCGGUUUCCGGUGGCGGCGGCCGCGGCGGCGGGGAGAGUUGCUGUGUCAGGACGCCUGGGCGGCCUCCCGCCAUGGCGGGCAACGGCAGUGCGUACCGGCUGAGCUGCUCCCUGCUGGGGCACGAGCAGGACGUGCGGGGCCUGACCUGCAGCCUCUUCCCCCCGGGCGGUUUCGUGUCCGUUUCCCGGGACCGAACGGCGCGGCUCUGGGCUCCUGACGGUCCUAACAGGGGAUUUGCUGAAAUGCACUGUAUGAGUGGCCACUCAAAUUUUGUAUCUUGUGUAUGCAUCAUACCUCCAAGUGACCUCUAUCCUCGUGGGCUGAUUGCAACUGGUGGCAAUGAUCAUAACAUUUGCAUUUUCACUGCUGACAACCCAGCUCCUCUUUACAUCCUUAAGGGUCAUAAGAAUACAGUUUGCAGCCUUUCAUCUGGGAAAUUCGGCACAUUAUUAAGUGGAUCAUGGGAUACAACAGCCAAAGUCUGGUUGAAUGACCGAUGUAUGAUGACAUUACAGGGUCAUACAGCUGCAAUAUGGGCAGUGAAAAUACUGCCUGAACAGGGAUUGAUGUUGACUGGUUCAGCUGACAAAACUAUUAAACUGUGGAAGGCAGGCAGAUGUGAAAGGACAUUCACUGGACAUGAAGAUUGUGUGAGAGGCUUAGCUAUUCUCAGUGAAAUGGAAUUCCUUUCCUGUGCUAAUGAUGCAAGUGUUCGAAGAUGGCAGAUCUCUGGCGAGUGCUUGCAGGUGUAUUAUGGGCAUACAAAUUAUAUAUACAGCAUCUCUGUUUUCCCUCAAAGUAAAGAUUUUGUAACUACUGGAGAGGAUAGGUCUCUUAGAAUCUGGAAACAUGGGGAAUGUGCUCAAACAAUCAGACUCCCAGCUCAGUCUGUGUGGUGCUGCUGCGUGUUAGACAAUGGUGACAUCGUCGUUGGUGCAAGUGAUGGAAUUAUAAGGGUGUUUACACAGUCUUUGGAACGUACAGCAAGUGCUGAGGAGAUUCAAGCUUUCGAAAAUGAGCUUUCCCAAGCAUCCAUUGACCCUAAAACUGGUGAUUUAGGGGAUAUUAAUGCUGAUGACCUUCCUGGAAGAGAACAUCUUAAGGAUCCUGGAACUAGAGAUGGACAGACACGGCUUAUUAAAGAUAAUGGGAAAGUAGAAGCAUAUCAAUGGAGUGUUAGUGAAGGAAGAUGGAUAAAGAUUGGUGAUGUUGUUGGUUCUUCUGGAGCCACACAACAAACAUCUGGAAAGGUUUUAUUUGAAGGAAAGGAGUAUGACUAUGUUUUCACUAUUGAUGUAAAUGAAAAUGGGCCUUCCUACAAACUGCCAUAUAAUAUCACUGAUGAUCCUUGGCUGACUGCAUACAACUUCCUGCAGAAGAAUGAUCUGAAUCCUAUGUUUCUGGAUCAGGUGGCCAAGUUUAUUAUGGACAACACUAAGGGGCAAACACUGUUGAGUACAAGUGCUCAAUUUUCAGAUCCGUUUACAGGUGCUGGACGUUAUGUUCCAGGCUCUUCAUCUGGAUCAAGUACAAUACCUGCGACAGAUCCAUUUACAGGUGCUGGUCGCUAUGUUCCUGGUUCAGCAUCAAAUGCAGUAGCUCCAGUGGGUGGGGUUGAUCCAUAUACAGGAAUGGGCGCCUACCAAUCAGCUGCAGCGAAAGUUGAAAAUAUUUAUUUUCCAAAGAAGGAUGCUGUCACCUUUGACCAGGCCAAUCCUACACAGAUACUGGGGAAGUUAAAGGAACUCAAUGGCAGUGCAACUGAAGAACAUAAGCUUACAGAAGAUGACUUGAUAAACCUAGAAAAAUUACUGUCUGCAACAUGCAACACCUCUGCAGAAACACCCACAGCACAGCAACUUCAGACUUUAAGGAGAGCAGUUAACUGGCCUGAAGAUAUUGUAUUUCCAGCCCUAGACAUUCUUAGAUUGUCUGUCAGGCAUCCCACUGCGAAUGAGAACUUCUUCAGUGAAAAGGAUCACGUACAAUUUAUCGUCCUUCUCCUUAAAUUUCUGAACCCUAAAGGAAAGCAAGCAAACCAGCUGUUGGCACUUAGAACUUUUUGCAAUUGUUUUGUCAGCCAGGCAGGCCAGAAGCUCAUGAUGGAACAGAGAGAUGAAAUAAUGACACAAGCAAUAGAAAUGAAAUCAGCCAAUAAUAAGAAUAUCCACAUUGCGCUUGCAACACUGACAUUGAACUAUGCCGUAUGUUUACAUAAAGUCAACAACAUUGAGGGCAAAGCUCAAUGUUUAUCAGUAAUUGGCACAGUUAUGGAAGUAGUUCAAGACCUUGAAGCUGUUUUUAGACUGCUCGUGGCUCUUGGGACGCUAAUCAGUGAUGAUACAAAUGCUGUGCAGUUAGCUAAGUCUCUUGGAGUUGACUCUCAAAUAAAAAAGUAUGCCUCUGUAUCAGAACCGGCUAAAGUAAAGGAAUGCUGUAGGUUUGUUCUUAAUCUGCUAUAAUUAUCUGUUUUACUUAGCAGUUGAGAGACACAGCGUAUGCAGAAAAGAGUAUGAUUUUAUUCAUAUUUUGUGACAGACUAUAAUUGAGAAAAUACUGCUGCAAGAUACACAUCAAAUAAAAAUUUUUACACCGUUUGUCAUUUGAUUGCUUUUCUGAAGUCUGCAGUGCACAGGAUCUUUGCAGAAGUCCUGACGUAGCUCAGAUUAAAACAGAAUAGUUUGGGUUGGAAAGGACCUUCAAAGCUCAUCUAGUCCAAGCCCCCUGCCAUGAGCAGGGACAUGUUCACCCAGAUCAGGUUGCUCAGAGCCCCGUCCAGCCUGGCCUGGGAUGUCUCCAGGGAUGGGGCAUCUACCACACUGGAAACAGAUCACCAAGAAGUUAAACCAUCUCAGCACUUACAGGUCAUCUUCCUUUUUGAAACAUUGUUUUAUGGCUUUUACUGACUUUAAUCUAGAACUAGGUGACUUUUUGAGGGUUAGGAUCUACGUUAUGCUUCACUGAUAAGUGAAUAUCUUGUAAAAUUGCUUGAACUUCUAUGAAAGUUUUUACAUUACUUUUAAUGACAGGAAUACUCCACUAGCUGAUAGCAAGUGUUUAAAGUAUGUUGUAAAAUAUUAGAUUAUUUUUUUCAUUAAAGUCAUCAUGAAGAGUGGGAGAGAAAUUUAGAUCCAGAGAACAGACUAAGCAGCAGAAACUGGUUUCCUAGAGAUAUGGUUGAUACCCCAUUCCUGAUGGUGUUUAAGAACCAUUUGGACAAUGCCUUUAAUAACAUGCUUUAACUUUCGGUCAGCUCUUGGGUGGUCAGACAGUUGACUAGAUCAUCAUUGUACGUCCCUUCCAACCGAAAUAUUCUAUUCUAAACUGUACAAAUGUAAAGUCAAGUAGCUUUAACAUAAUAACUGUGGUGACUCUGAAAGGGGAUAAUAAUAUUUUACAGCUAUUCCAGUAGAUUCAAGAUGUUCGGCACAAAAGGGGGAUGUUCUUUCCUACCACUCCAGCAAAUGUUGCACUUUGGUUUAGAAUUAAGAUGAAGUCAAGAUGGUCAGUGUUCAAGUUACAUUUUUUCAUUAGACUAAGAGAAUGGAAAACAUGAAAAAAAAAAUGAGAUCUUCUGGCACAUGGGUUCUUCAUCACGAUACUUACCAGUCUGCCUCAUCUGUGCCAGAUUUUGUGACUGAGAGCUCUAGCUUCUUCUGCUCCAUCUAACCAAACUGUCUGAAUUACUACAUACCUACUUUCAGCAAACCUUGUUUCUUAGAUCCUUAAUUGCACACUUGUACUGUUAUACUUCUGGUGAAUUUCCAGAUAUGUAUUCUCACAGUUUUGGUCACGGCCUUAGUCACAGAUUCUCUCAUUCGGUCCAUUGCAGGUUCAUGUAUAUGGCAGUCGAUGAGAUUAUUUGGGAUUUAUAGUGCUUAACAAUAGAUCAACCCCUUCCUGGGAAAACAUUUAAGAGGGUACCUUUAGGAAACCUGUCUGUUAAAUAAUGUGCCUGUCUGUUGAAUUUUGGUUGCCUACUAUACAAUUGUUCUUGGAACUCUAGCUUUUUAAUGUUGUGCUUUUUAACUGUCUUUGUACCUGUGCUAUUUUAAGAAAUCUAUACUCAUCUAUCAUUUUUGUUUUGUUAUUGUGGGAUUGCUCUGUUACAGAUUACCUCUUUACGUGAAAAUUGUCAUGAAUUUUCCAGACCAAAAAUUAAUGUUUAUAUGAAUAAAUAUACUCUUGCAACUUCAAGAAA